GCACAUCUCUGUCUGUUCUCCUCGCGAUUCCUCUUUAUGAGUCGCUGAAAACAGAGAACUCCAUGUCUUCCUCUAAAGUUCUAGGUGCUUUGGCUCAGUCAAAAGCUGUUCCUUGUUUACCAGAGUCUCAUUGUCACGUUCCACCAGGACACCAGGAUGUGAUGGACUGUCCUCGUUUCACCUUCAACCCAAAGGAGGGGAUUGAUAAUCCAGCUCUGGUCAUCACUGAUGAUUUAGAACCUGACCAGUGCCUGGUGCCCCGCCUCUGUCAGCUGAAGCGUGUGGAGGGUCAGAGCUUUGGGUUUCACUUACACAUGGAACAGAACAACCAUGGCAUCGUAAUUAGAGAAGUGGAACCUUGGAGUCCUGCAGAGCACAGCGGCCUCAGAGGCGGAGAGCGACUGCUGGAGGUCAAUGAGACGUAUGUGGGCAAUAUGGACUUUUUCAAAGUUGUGAGAAAGAUCCAGUCGUGUGGCUUAGACUUGUUUCUUCUGGUGCUACGGAGGGAACAGUAUGAGCAGGCAGUGGUCAUGGAUUUAGACCUACAACAGCUUGCUAAAGCCACCAAAGGAGACAGGUGGACUCGCCCAAGACUGUGUCACAUCACCAGACACCCAGAUCAUGGACUGGGGAUGACUGUCUUACCAAUUACUGAAGGUCAGAGGGGUCGAUACAUGGUGAACACGGUACCUGACGGUCCAGCAGAGGAAGCUGGUGUCCACUUUGGAGACAUUUUGGUCUGGAUCAAUGGAGUCUCUGUGUCAAAGCUCACAACCACCAAUCUGAACAGAAUUGUAAAGAAGAGUGGGAGCUCAGUGACAGUGCUGGUGAUCGACAGUGACAGUGAGUCCUGCUAUCUGAGGCGGAGGAUGCCCAUCCUGGCUACGCUGGCAGAAAGCAACAACCUUCCCUACUACGCUAAGAACUUACAUUUGCUGAAAAGACCUGAUGGAUUUGGUUUUUUGCUAAGACAAGAGCGAGUGGAGGCCCCUCAAAAGAUCGCUCAUGUACUGAGGGAAGUGGAUGUGGGGAGUGCAGCAGAGGAAGCAGGUAUGGAGGAUGGCGAACUGCUGCUGGCCGUCAAUGGUGACCUGGUUGAAUCCUUGGAACAUGAGGAAAUUGUCAGACUGAUCAGAAAGAGUGGUGACAAAGUCACACUGACAUCUAUGUCUGUGCAAGGAAGAAAAUAUUACAGAGAGUUAGGAGUUCCUCCUCUCUUGUUCCAUGAAGAGUAUUCUCCAAACUGCAACAACACAACCAGCAAUCAGGAUGGACGGGAUACAGUCCACCUGGAUCACUAUGGAAACGUAAUCACACAGCUGUCAGAGAGAACAGAGGAUGUUUUUCUGUGAUGAGAAAGAUGUGACCAAAGCGAUCAGCAGUUGGAGGAGGAAGCUGGACGGGUCAGCAGGAGCCGAUGCGUCAGGAUGGAAAUGUGAUGUUUGCAAUUCACCUGUUCAGAAGAAGGCGUCAAAUGAAUCAUUGCAGCACAGUCGUCUCAUUUAGUAGGGUAUAUCUACAUUGUCUUCAAAUAUCUUAUGCAGUAGAAAAAGAUAUUAAACAGAAAAAUAAUCAAGGCCAGUGUCAAUUCUCAUUAUACACUGCAUUUGCAUAAAGCAUGAACUGAUCAAAGACCUUUUAAAUAUCUGAACAAACAUCUUAUUUGUUGGUUCCUACAGUGUUGGAAUUAGAUUUCUUUAAAAUGUUAAAAUGUGCUUUUUUUUUCUUUGUUUGAAGUGAUUUUAACUGAAAAACCCUGGAGGUUUUUUUUAAACACUGGAUGAAAUUGACAUUAAAACUGUAAUGGUGUGUGUGUGUACGUAUACAAAGUUGGGGAAACCAGAAGUUUUUCCUAUUAUUGUGGCAAAUACAAACAUGUUUCUACUGGCAAUAUUGACCAAACCAAAACAAAAUCAGUUUGGUCAGAUUUAACCACAGACUGAGAUAAAAGGAACAUGCAUCUUUCUAUUUGGUGAAUGUAAACUUCUGGUUUCACCUGUAAUUAUAUGUAUUUUAUUUCUAGAACAGUCGUGGAAAAGGAGAGAUGACAUUUUUAAAACGUUAUAUUGUCUUCACCAGUAUUUUCCAGAUGAAAAUAUUUCUGUAAAUAUCACUUUCUUUUACAUGCUUUAUUUAAUGAACUGCAAAUUCUAUUUGCAUCUGAUUAAAAAGACCAAAUUGUGAUUGGGAAGGUUCUCGAAUUGUUAAUUAGUGGUUAAUCUCUUAUUUAAAGUGUAAUUAUUGCAAAAAAUAAAAUACUUGACAUAGAAACAAAGCAACAGCAAAAUACAUAAAACAUAGGAGAUGUAAUCUGCACCUUUCGGUUGUCAUAAAAAUGGUCUGUUGAUAUCGACCCUUUGCAACUGCAAUAUUUAAUCGUUGAAGGCGGCGUGUCUGAUGUCGAAGUGAGGAACUGGAACCAAGAACAAAGCAACUGAAGCUGUUUGUUCUUUGCCAGUGGAGCCAUGGAUCCUACUUGUCUGUGAAUGCAACACGUCUAGUAGAGGAUCAUAGACAGUCGUAUUUACCAGCGUUUUGAAAUAGCCGGCUAAGAGGAAGAGCAGUGCCUCCUUCCUCCUGAGGUGUUGAUCAAAUUGCUGACUCACGUUCCUGCAUGAGUAUCAUAAAUUCACAUCACAUGAUUUAUAUCACUGUCAUUAACAGACUUGCAAGCGAACAAAAGAUUAAAUGCUAAUCUGUUUUUUAUAGAUAUUUGGCUACAUGACAGUGGAGCAUUUCCUCCAUGGUCACUAAUGCCUUGACGCGCAUCUUCUCCAUCACGGGUAUAUUUGAUAUCUUUUUGAUCAUAUGCACUUAUAAAACCUUAACAGCCUUGAUCUUCAUACCUUGUAAAAACGAUUCACUCCAAAUCUG